AUGGCUCUAUUAGGGUUGACCAACGGAAUUCUUGCGGCUUCUUGCAUGAUUUAUGGUCCGACCCAAGUCGACCAGAAUAAGAAAGAGGAACUUGAGAUUGCUGGUUAUGUGAUGUCAUUUGGUCUGAUCUGUGGUAUUCUAACUGGUUCCGUUAUAGCUACGAUCAUUAAGCGCUCGGCUUACAUGUGA